AUGGCUUCCGCCGCCGCCGUUUCACCCUCUUUCCUUCUAACCAAUUCCGCGGUAUCCAUAAACAAGAUGGAUCACACUAUUCUGAAGAUCCCGCUUCGUCAACGCAGAAUGCACCUUUCUUCUACCAGAAAGCCUCUAAUUGUUCAAGCUACGUAUAGUGAUGGUGGAAGGGACAACAAUGCUAGCGUCUUUGUUGGCGGCUUUAUCUUGGGAGGUUUAAUUGUCGGAACUCUUGGCUGCGUGUAUGCACCUCAGAUCAGCAAUGCUAUAACUGGAACUGACAGGAAGGAGUUAAUGAGAAAACUGCCAAAGUUUAUAUAUGAUGAAGAAAAGGCUUUAGAGAAAACAAGGAAAGUAUUGUCUAAUAAGAUUGAACAAUUGAACUCUGCUAUAGAUGAAAUUUCUUCCCAGCUUCGGUCAGGGGACUCCCCAAAUAAGGUAGCUCCAAAUAAGGUAGCCCCAAAUAGGGUAACCCCAAAUAGGGUAGCCGUGAACUCUGAUGAAGUUGAAGCAGUCUAA